AUGGUGGCUAAGAGUAGCGUUCCUGAGUUCAAGACUCUUAAGGAGUGUCUCCAGUUCCUGGAGUGGUUAAAAGGCCGUAAGUGGGCUGAUCUGAGAAGCCAGCUGUCUGGCCGACUAAAAAGGCUACUAGACAAGAAAUAUGACGGUGUCAAUCAAAACCAGAUUGCUACCGCUCUCUCUCAAUUCCUUGACUUAGUGUCACACUUUCAUAAGAAGUUAUGCCAAACCGCGGGCCAGAGCAUAAUCAAGCGUAUUACCCCAAAAGAUGCCCUCGAAGCUCUCUUGCAGUGUAUCCCCAAAUUGCUUUCCGUGAUAUACUUUUUGCAAUAUCAUGUGGAUAAGAGGUUCGCUAGAAUUGGAGGCGGGGAUUGGGAAGGAGAUCAGGUUGGAAAGAUUGCAUGGUUCGCUACAUAUGGUCCAGAUGUAGUGAAACGGAUGAAAGCCAAUGUCGGUCCAAUUGAUAAAUACCUUAUUGAAACUUCCGGUUCUAAAUACGGUGUCAUCCCUGGAGGAUUCGAUCCAAGCGAUCUAAAGCAACUUGGUCGAGGUGGCUAUUCCGAGGGUCGUUUAAUGACAGAUGACCUUGUGAAUAUUUUCGACAAGGGGCGCAAUCCUAAUAACCUAUUCCGAGACGUUUUUGUCACUUCGGCGGUAUCGAAAAAUUCCUCUGUUGAUAAGUCGAAUGUAGCUAAUGCUCUUCGUUUGGUUGAAGACUUUUGUGGGAUAUUUAAAACCUCGAAGAAUGCGGAUGAUUUCAAAAGUCACUUAGAAUCUAGGGGCAAUUGCAUUAAUUGGGAUGAUUUAAAACUGCAUUGUGAAACACUAAAAAAUACAUUCAGCAAACUUUUUACAAAUAACCGGUUUUCCUUCACAGGUUAUGGGCGUACAUAUGAAUUCCUUGACAAAUCCAUGGAUAAAAAAAUGGCGAAGUGGCUUAAAAAUAACUUGAAUGCAAUGAGAAACCAAUUGGGGGGAGUAGGUCGCAGGUUGGAUGUCAAAACAUUUGUCGACACAUAUCUUAUACCGUACGGAUUCACAUUUAAUGGCUAUAACGUUGGAAAGGGAAAAGAUACAUAUCAGGCGUUGAAAAAAGAUUGGGAUGCUGUAAUUGGUGAACUCAAGAAAGACAAUGGGGGUUUGCAAAAGUUGAAACAGCUUCUAGAUGGUACCCUGUGUCCAAAGCAAAAACCACAAGAACGUGAUGCUGAUGAUGCGAAAGCUGUUAAUGAUGAGGGGGAUGAUGAUGAUGUUGAGGAGGACGAAGAUGAGAUCUGGGGUGAAGAUGUCGUGUAUGAAGAUACAGGGUUGGAUACCGAAGAUGCUGCUCCUAUUACUCCAAAAUCGGAGCCCCCGCCUGCCAAGGUUCCUGAGAGCGUUAAGAAAUCUGAGGGCGGACAGAACCAGGGCAAGAAAGCGGAGGGGAAUUCGGAUCAAGAUAACGGUCAGAGUGCAACAAAGUCUCCUGUUUCAUCAGCUGCAGAGGCGCUACAAACUCAGCCUUCAAGUGUUACAAGUCAAGACCUUCAGUCAUCUGGUGACCCUGUUUCCAGUAGUGGUCAGGAUCCGAAUGUCCAGGGGUCUGCUUCCGGGCCUGCUCAAUCAAGUGAUCAAGUGUAUCAGACAGGUCAAAUAAGCAAUGGCGCAUCAUCCGCUGGUUCGGGUGCGGAUUCAGGCGGCGGUGGAGCUGGAGGGGGGGCCGAUCACAGCAAAAUGUGUCGUAAUGGUAAGGUACCCAUUUAUCUCGGAUUCGACAGUGGUGGGACUAAAUACUGCCCCGGAGAUGGUAAUACGUGGGAUUUAUUUGCACGAAAAAAAAUGCAUGACGAUUGGGAUAAGCAAAAGCGCGAGUCUAAUUUGAAAAUAGAGCAGCGAAAAAAGCAGAAGGAAGAAAAAAUUCAAAAACAAAAGGAGGCUAGAGAACUUAAAACAGAAUAUGAGCGUCAACUUCAACUUCAACGCCCGGAUUUGCUUCCAGGCAUUGAUGUGGUGUAUAAGCCGCGGGAGUUAUCUGACAUUUCCGAAGCGGCAUAUGAUGCGGCUGUACAGAAUCAAAUGAAAAAUGCCACUCCUACAGUGCCAUUUCAAAUCACGCUGCCUCCGAAACGUGAUGCAAACAGUUACUACACUUUGGACGUUUUCGAUGUCGGCAAAUCACCUACACACAAUAUGAUCAAACCAGAUGAAAUAGGUCUUGACGGGUCUAUAGCAUCUGAUUUUAACCAGCUAGCGUCCGAUGUAGGUGGUGAUGCUGUGGGUUCUGACGAGGCAGUGGUAGAUAGCUCUCAAUUAAAAGUUUUGUUAAACGGAACAGCCGUUAAAAAUGGCAGUGAUACGGAGCAACAGAUACAAAAGGAUUUGAUACAUCUGGUUAAUGCACGCCACAUCAAUUCACUUCGUAUGAAAGCGCAACGAGAUAACGAUGAAAGGACGCGACGUCAAAAAGAAGCGGUUGAGCGUUAUAAAAAGGAUACAGAAGAAACAUGGAAGCAAUACGAAGAAAAAAGAAUCCUAAGGCAGUUGGGUGAUUAUGGUAGACGGCAGGAGGAUAGAAGGUGGCGUGCCGCCAAGCAACUUGAAGAAACAUUGAACGAUACUGCAGAAGACCUAUGGAAAUUCCAACAGCAGAAAUAUGUAGAAGAAAUAGAAAGCAAUGUAAAAGAUCCGGAUGCCAAAAAACGAGUGCAGCAGAAAAAAGAAAUACAGCAGAACAAGCAGUCGGGGCAGCAAAACAUUAGUUCAGAUCCCCCACCAUCUACUGACUCCACCCUUCCAAGUCAGCCCAGCCGGCCUGCUCCCGGACUUACCCCUCAGCCUACCGGUGGCCGUAAUAGUAAUGGACGUGGUUACUAUGAACUAAGGGGAAGGGAUAGAGGGCAGGGGGAUUAUAUUAUUCUGGGAGGCAAAGCCAUAGAGGAUCAGUCCUACGAACAACGUGAGAAAGAACGAAGACAAAAGGCGGCCGAGGAACGAAAAAAAUUGUGGGAUUUGGAAACGAAGCUAGAGAAAGACAGGUUAAGGGAAGCUAUGCAAAGGGGAUUAUUAGAUGACGUUAUGGAGGAAGUGGUUGAUAAGGAUGAGAUGAUUGUCGAUAUUAAGGGUGUGGUGGAUAUCGACGGUGAGGGGACCGAUGUGUCUGGUGGUGGGUACCCCGCUCUGUUUACUAUUGAGCAGCGACCACUGGUCAAUGCUGAAGAUGAAAGUUACAGUAUCGAUGGCCAAGUAGUUGGUGUUGACGAGAGUCAACUGGUUUUUCCAGUUGACGGAGAGGAAGUGAAAGAAAAAAUAGGAGAUGAAGAGGGCGGGCUGGACGAUGAUAAAGCUGUAGUUAUUGACGGUACAAUGGUGUCUGAUGCUGACCAUGCAAUAUUCCGUCACGAUGGGCAAAUAGUUGUGAACAUUAGAGGGAACGAAGUGACGGAGAAGCGUGACAAACAGAAAGAAGAAGAACGUCGUAUGCAAUUGCUGUACCGAAACCAUCAUGAUCACGCAAAAUCGUUAAAUGGACAGCCAAUUCCGGAUCCCACUGAUUUAAUUUUGAGGCAACAGGAGGUCACAAACAUGCGCAGAGCGUACAAGGAAGAAGAAAAAAGGCAGAGGAUGAAGGAUCAGGAACUAAAAAAAAUGCUCGAUGCAGCUGAAAAAGAUAUUAACAUUCCAAUACAGAUGCCUAGAAAUACAUUUGUUGUUCCCCUCGUAGAGUUAAAUGGAGAUGCGCCUGCUUUUGUGAAUGAAGUGGAAGGCAUCAUCCUGGCAAACUCUUCAAAAUCCGAUGCCAACGUCCCUAUAUCUCAAAAGAUCGAUCCCCCAGUUCCACAAUCAAUGUCAAGCGGAUCACACGUGCCGGACGCCGAAUUGCCAUCCUCGCCGAUUCCUAGAGAUACAUUCCUCACGGAGCCACAACCAACCAGGGAAUUCCAAAUAGAAUUACCGACGCGCACUGUACGCGAAGUCUACCCCCAAAUCGGCCUGUCGAUAGAGGUACCGCCGCAUGAAGAUCGCAUUUUUAACGACGUGGACCUAGAUGACCCUUAUGCGAACACAGCAGAUAUCCUUAAAGACGAGUUAAAACCUCCAGAGGACAAAGGAUUCUCCGGUUUGCCUAACACUAAUUUCAAUCUGGACUUUGCGCCGGAACGUAUCGGACUUGACGGCAAUGAAGAUCCCGGGAUGCCGCGUGACUCUCCGAGGAAGGCGGAUGAACGUGUAAUUGACCCAUUUAGCACAAAUGAAUGUCUCAACCCUUGGUCCGUUGACACUUCUUCAACUGAUAUAAUCACUCCACCUACCUCCCCUCCCCCAGCCUCCGACCAUCUGCCCCCGCCUCGAACCGUCCGGGAGAUGCUGUACUGGUUUGUCGGAUUGAAUCAAUAUGGGCUUAUUGGAUUUAUCACGGAGCAUGUCAACGGCCUCUUGAAGGGUUAUAACACAGAUGCGCUUGAGGUCACCGGGGAUCCCGGCCAGCUGACGGCUUCCCAUGUCACCGCCAAACUGACCGAGGCGUGCCUCUACUCGGCCACCGUUAUCUACAAAGUUAGGCAUAACAAUGACUUCAAAGCGUUUUCCACUUUUGACUUCAAAUCAGUGUACAGUAAGUUACGUUAUUCCACCGAUCCCGCCUGUCUCCUCUGCCAGCUGCGAGACUACGUCUACGCCUGCCACCACCAGUUGCAGUUCCUCAAAUCGCAGUGCAAUCGGAACAAACUAAGUGGUGGGUGGAAGAAUUGUGGGUAUGGCAGUGACAUCAAGACGCCAUCUCGCCUCCAGGCGUUCCUGACUGACGACUGGGACUCCACCUUCAAGACUCACUUCUUCGACCCGUGCAACCUGUGCAUCAAGAGCAGGGUCAGGAUGGGAUUCAAGAAGGAUGAUUUGCCUGAGACAUCGGAGACUGGCAACACCCUUUCCUCCAUCCUCACUCCCAGCUGCGGCGGGUAG